UCAAGAUGGCUGCGAAAUCAAUGCUGCUUGUUAUCACCGUGCUGAUUGUCGUUAUUGAAAACUGCCAUGGAUUGAGCUGCCCCUGCUGGAAGAAACCCAGAGAAGACCCGACGAGAUGUUCGACGAAACAACCCCCUGCAUGCCAGCCGGGCAAACAGCUUGUACACGACGCAUGCGGAUGCUGCUUGGUUUGCUCACAGGGUAUGAAUGAAAAUUGUGGAGGACCGUGGAAGGCCGCCGGGACCUGCUCGACUGGACUAGAAUGCCAAGACAAACAGACCGGGACCGUGCUCACCGCGAACGCCAUGAACCCGUUUGGAACGAAAAUCGGGACUUGUAAUAGCCCUAGGCGGACCGAGACUCCAUCCUACCCCCAGAACCCAUACUAUCCUCCCUGGACUUAUUACUGGGCCCAGGGGAGCAGUGCGGAGGACCGUGGAACGUCUAUGGAACAUGCUCGCAGGAUCUAGCCUGCAUUGAGGAGAACGGGAAAUUCAUCACGAACCCCAUGGCAAGCAAGAAGGGACUUUGUCUCGACCCACGAUUCAUCUAAGACGCUCCAUGCAUCGACGCAAGGAAAAUGUAUGAAUCUGUUGCAAACGGGGCGUCAUUGGGAUGACGUAAGACUGCGCUAUUUACCAUUGCGUUCGAAUUCGAAUCAUACAAGAAUAGUUUGCAAAAUAAACAGUGCUUACAUAUUAAUAUAAUGCUGGCGCAGAAAAGAGCUGACGUCAUAGACUUCAUUAGCGUAGGUAAUGACGUAUGAUCAAAUUGAGGCUUCAUGUGCAACGGGCAUUGUAGUUAUACCCAUUGAACGGACUAGAAUAAGCCUAAAUCCAUGAGUACUGUUUGUUUUAAUGUAUAGUGGGCUAUUGACUUUUUGGAUAUGAUAUUAGUAUCUAACAAAAAUUGGAGCAACAUACUAAAUGAACUAGCAAGUCAAAUGUGUCGAAAGUAUUCUAAUGAUGUGUGUCUAAGCUCAAGGCGAUGCAAACUUUAAUAGGGGAGGGGUGGGCUUGUUCUUCAAGAGGCAGCUUCACAAAAUCGCAAUGGACAAUCGCCCUCUACGUUUUGACCCUUUGAUCUGUAGAUCAACUUUUAGGAAAUAGCUAUUGACAUUUGACUUUAGACAUGUACACUGAAACGAAGAGAUGUAGUGAAGUAGGGCCAUAGUUAACUCUAUGGAAACACCCAUGCUUGUUUCUUCAUUCUAGUCGGGGCUGUGCAAUAAAUAUAUUAUGUUGGUGAAAUCUAAUCUAUCGGUCAAAUAAGUUAUAUUUACGCCUUUUUGACGAACUGUAUACAAGAAAUAUCAAGAUGAUAGGAAAUCUAGUUUAACUGGGCUUUCCUAACAAAGAAAAUGAUAGCUCAUUUUCUUAAUAGGAUGAUAUGUGAUUAGAUCAUUUUACAGUUUGAUGAUUUCAAAGUGUGCAAGGCGUAAAAAGGGAAAGGUGUCGUAUUAGAUUUGUUGUUAUAUAUAUACGAAAAUGUAGUUUUGAUUACAGAAAGUUUAUUGUACUGUAUUACUUGUACUAAGUUAAAAUUCUUAAUUUUACAAAGAUGUUUUCAAAUGUAUGUACAUAAUUAUAUUGUAUAGGUGAUGCAAGUGAAUAAGCUUAGAUGCAAAGUGUUAUAGAAGUGUUUUGAUGUAAUACAAAUUAAUUGCAGUUCAAUUGAAAGUAGAAAAAGCGUGAUUGGACGGAUUAUAUAUUAUUUCACAACCUUUAAAAUGAAUAUUAACAGAAUUUAUUGGUAUGUUUCAGCAUCUGUCUGAAUAUUUUCAAAUGUGUGUAUCAAUUAGUUCAGUCAUCUUUUCCAUGCCCAUGCAUGUGUGAAAAGAAAACAGUAAUCCGUUUGUAUAUAUAAUGGAAAGAGGAAAUGCCACUAUCGGCUUAUAGGCUACUUUAAAAUGAAAUAUCUCUAUGGGCUACGUUAAAAUGCAACGUAAAAAGUGUUUGUGUUCAUGAAAUUAGUUUAAUAACCUUGAUUAAAAUCAUUUUGUAAAUUGUAUUGUUGAAUUAGAAUGUAAAGAUGAAUAAAUGUA